UUUGCAUGGACUGUGACGCAGGGCAGGGGGGGGACGUCACGCAAAGAAGCAGCCAAUCAGACACUAGCUGUUUGGAUUUAUGCCAGGGGUUUUAGGCUUGUAAGACUUUAGUACAAGUGGCCAAAGCCAGUUUUUAAAAAAAAGGGAAAAGGUCAGCUGAGACGAGAUGCCGUACACACCGUCCGGCUUUUUCUGUGACCGGUUGAUCCGGGAACGAGAGAGGAGGGACGGGGAAGGGUCUCUGAACAAGCCCCUCCGCUUCAACGGCCAGGACUUCAACGCGCUGAGACAGGAGUGUCUCCAGAGGAAGUCACCGUUCGAGGAUGACUCUUUCCCGGCCACCGUGGAGUCUCUGGGCUUCAAGGAGCUCGGACACAAGUCCAACAAGGUCAAGAACAUCGUCUGGAAGAGGCCCAAGGAAAUCUGUGAGAACCCUCAGUUCAUUGUUGGAGGAGCCAGUAGGACAGACAUCUGCCAGGGAGAUCUGGGUGACUGCUGGCUGCUGGCUGCCAUCGCCUGUCUCACCUUGAAUGAGAAGCUUCUCUACCGCGUCGUUCCCCAGGAGCAGAGCUUCUCUGAGGGCUACGGAGGCAUCUUCCACUUCCAGUUCUGGCGCUAUGGCGACUGGGUCGACGUCGUCAUUGACGACCGCAUCCCAACCUUCAACAACCAGCUGGUGUUCACCAAGUCCGCGGAGAGGAACGAGUUCUGGAGCGCCCUGCUGGAGAAAGCCUACGCCAAGCUGCACGGCUCCUACGAGGCCCUGAAGGGGGGAAACACCACCGAGGCCAUGGAGGACUUCACCGGUGGAGUCACUGAAUUCUACGAGUUGAAGGAAGCGCCCAAAGAGCUCUACAAGAUCAUGAAGAAAGCUCUGCUGAGGGGCUCGCUCAUGGGCUGCUCCAUCGACUCCCUGGUUCCGGCUCGCUUUGAGACUCGCACCGCGACGGGACUCGUGAAGGGUCACGCCUACUCCGUGACGGCAGUGGACGAGUGCAAACCGUCGCAGCAGAAGGACUCGAAGGUCCGCCUGGUGCGCCUCAGGAACCCGUGGGGUCAAGUGGAGUGGAACGGCCCCUGGAGUGACAAUUCCAAGGAGUGGGCCAAUCUCUCUGCGGCGGAAAAGGAGAAGCUGCAGCACCAGAGUGCCGAGGAUGGAGAGUUCUGGAUGUCGUUCGAGGACUUUAAGAAGAACUACACCAAGAUCGAGAUCUGUAACCUCACCCCCGACGCCCUGGAGGACGACAAGAUCCACAAGUGGACGGUUUCUGUGAACGAGGGUCGCUGGGUGAAGGGCUGCUCCGCGGGGGGCUGCAGGAACUACCCAGACACCUUCUGGACCAACCCGCAGUACCGCCUUCGUUUGCUGGAGGAGGACGACGAUCCCGAGGACAACGAGGUGGGCUGCACCUUCGUGGUGGCUCUGAUGCAGAAGAACCGGCGGAAAGAGCGCAAGAUGGGCGCCAACCUCUUCACCAUCGGAUUCGCCAUUUACGAGGUGCCAAAGGAGAUGCACGGGAACAAGCAGCACAUGCAGAAGGACUUCUUCGUCUUCAGCUCCUCCAAAGCUCGCUGCAAGUCCUACAUCAACCUGCGCGAGGUGACGCAGCGCUUCCGCCUGAGCCCCGGCGAGUACGUCAUCGUGCCCUCCACCUACGAGCCGCACCAGGAGGGCGAGUUCAUCCUGCGGGUCUUCUCUGAGAAGAAGAACACCUCAGAAGUUGCAGCACCAGUUAGGGCCGAUGAUUUUCAUUAUCGACCAUCUUCAAGGGAGAUAGAGAACAGGAUCGAGGCCGACCAUCCCGUGCCGGCGCCGGCCUCAGUGGGGGAAGAGAGCGAAGAGGACCAGCAGUUCAGGACUAUUUUUCAGGAGAUAGCCGGUGAUGACAUGGAGAUCACAGCCAACGAGCUGAAGAACGUCCUCAACAGAGUGAUCACCAAACAUAAGGAACUGAACACCAAGGGCUUCAGCCUGGAGAGCUGCAGGAGCAUGAUAGCGCUGAUGGACGUAUCCUUUAUGGAUGGGACGGGUAGACUCAACCUCCAGGAGUUCAGACACCUGUGGAAUAAGAUCAAGCAGUGGCAGGGAAUCUUCAAGCACUACAACGCCGAUCAGUCCGGUAGCAUCAACAGCUACGAGAUGAGGAACGCUGUCAAUGAUGCAGGCUUCCGUCUCAACAACCAGCUGUAUGACAUCAUCACCAUGCGCUACGCCAACGAGGGCAUGAACAUCGACUUCGACAGCUUCAUCAGCUGCCUGGUUCGGCUCGAGGCCAUGUUCAGAGCGUUCCAGGCCUUCGAUCAGGACGGAGACGGAACGAUCCGACUCAGCGUCCUGGAGUGGCUCCAGUUGACCAUGUACGCCUAGACGUCUUCCUCCAGGUGAGCUCCACACGAGGACCAGACCUUCCAGCCGUUACCUCAAUAUUCAGUGUGCCCGAUUGUCGUUGGCUCUCAUCAACUUCUCCUCUGGCCUGCCCCCCCCCCCCCCCCACCUCACACCCCUCAGCUCUGCUCUUUAUACUCCCCAACGCUCCAUUUCAUCUUUCCUUCAGUCCCCUGUAUCUCGGCAUUUCUCUCUGCUCUCGUCCUUCCAUCGAAACAUCAGUCUCUCCUUUCAGCCGUUAGCCUUUUUAAAAUUUAACACUUGUUCCGUACUUCUCUCAGGCAUCAAACACACACAACCUCUUUUUUUGUUACAAUACCUCACAGAGCUCCUUCUACAUGACCCCCCCCCCCACGUUAUCUUCUUCAGUGAAUAAACUCGUGAAUCACUCCUCCAGCGUUAGAUAUUUCUGACGCUACGAGAGUUUCUUUACAUCCCGCUGCUUCCCCAUCCUGUUUUUUGAUCACUUAUUUUUGGGAAGUAAACCAUGCCGGUGGACUUCAUGACGUCACAUUGACGGAGCUGGAUACGGGUCCUCUAGCGCUGCCUGGUGGACGAAUUCAGGCGUCUUUUGUUCGUCUCAGCUCCAGCCGACAGGAACCUCCCCCACUCCCCCACUCCCAACACACACCUGUCCACUCUUUCCCUUCAUGUCGAUGGAUGAGAUUAAAGAACAAAACUGUGGAGCUGACGAGUUUUUGUUAAAGGGUCAAAUCUGGAUUUGACAGAAUAUCGGUUGGACUGCAGCAUUUAUUGUGAUUUUUUUCUCUUCCUUUUAAGGCUUUGGUCAAAUGAGUGUACUGAGUUUUUAACCAAAUAAAUGUGUAGUUGCUGGUUUGACUGCGUCCCCAGUA